GGAAGCGGGCGCGGGCGCGCGCGGCCCCUUUCCGGCGGCGCGGGCGGAGGGAGCGGCGCGCGGGGCCCUCAGGUACGGCCGGGACGCUCCCGGGCCAUCGCGGCCACUCCCGGCGCUCCGCGGCGCUCCCCGGCCUUCAGGAUCCUCCCGCCGCUACCGCGCCGGCACCCAUGAGCUGAGGCGCCGCGGCGGGAGCCGAGGCAGGAGCGGGCGGAGCCGCCGCCGCGGGCCCGGCGGAGCAGCGGAGCCGCCUCCCCGCCGCCCCAUGCGCGGCCCGCGCUGAGCCCCGCCCGCCCUUCCCCGCCGGGCCGGCGCUCGCCCUCUCGCCCUCCCUUGGAUGCCGCCGAGAUGGGCAAGGUGCUGUCCAAGAUCUUCGGGAACAAGGAGAUGCGGAUCCUGAUGCUGGGGCUGGACGCGGCCGGCAAGACCACGAUCCUGUACAAGCUGAAGCUGGGCCAGUCGGUGACCACCAUCCCCACCGUGGGCUUCAACGUGGAGACCGUCACCUACAAGAACGUCAAGUUCAACGUGUGGGACGUGGGCGGCCAGGACAAGAUCCGGCCCCUGUGGCGGCACUACUACACGGGCACGCAGGGGCUCAUCUUCGUGGUGGACUGCGCCGACCGCGACCGCAUCGACGAGGCGCGGCAGGAGCUGCACCGCAUCAUCAACGACCGGGAGAUGCGGGACGCCAUCAUCCUCAUCUUCGCCAACAAGCAGGACCUGCCCGACGCCAUGAAACCCCACGAGAUCCAGGAGAAACUGGGCCUGACCCGGAUCAGGGAUAGGAAUUGGUAUGUGCAGCCCUCCUGUGCCACGACGGGGGAUGGACUCUACGAAGGGCUGACGUGGUUAACGUCCAAUUAUAAAUCCUAAUGGGAGAGGAACUAUUUAGUCUACAAAGAAUUAAAGAAACAAAACAAAAAAAAAUUAAACAAAAAAAAAAGAAACAAAAAAAAAUUAAAAUAACCCACGUGGCUUUCCAGAAGAAUGAUUCUCUACUGAAAAGUAAAAACAAAACCGCAUCCAUAGGAUUAUGAUCACCUUUCUCCAGUUGCCACCCUUUCCUCCUGCACCCUUGGCUGGAUUCCUGUUCUAACUCCUCCUGCUUGGCGUUAGGAUGCUCUAACCUCCGAAUGUGACACGAACACAGGCACUAGAUGCUAUGGCAGACUUCCAGCAAACAGGGGAAGGACACAUUAUAGACUUGCUAAGUAACUUUUUGGUUUUGUUUUUGUUUUUUUCCUUUUUCCUCUCGUUAGCCCUUUGCUGGUUUGAUUAUUUUGGGGGAUGUUGGGGGAGGGGAUCCAUUUUCAGUGUAUGCUUUCUGGGUCUACUUUUUUGAUUAUAUAUAUUUUUUUUCUCUCUCUUCUCUCACUUUGCUGUAGAUUGCUACUUUUUUGCAUUCUUGCAGGAUAUGUUGCUAGGUCGACUUCAUCUAGUAAACUGAAAAUUGUUGCUUAAAAUCAAACUGCAGUCUGUCUUUUUAUAUUGAGGACUUUUUUUUUUAAAAAAAAAAGUUCUGUUAAUCUGUAACUAAACAGUGACUCAGUCUGGCUCCACGGCUCAGGCUAACGAGGGGAAUUCUUGCCUGCAGUGGCAGAGAGUGGGAAUUCCACUGUAACGUGUUCAAAGUGCGUGUCGGGCGCUGGGAAAUGUAAGAACUGCUUUGGAAUGUCAGCUGGGAAGUUCUGACCCAUACAUCAUGCAUGAGGAGGGAUGCAAAACCAGCUCCCCACACCACAGAGCAAACAAGGCAUGAGCGAUGCUAUAGUUCCAGGGCAGGCACUGGGCAGGUUUUUUGUCUUAAAUGAGGUUUAGUUGCAGUUUUUUACUCCUUGGUGUCGGUCCUCGGGCCGAGGCUCUUUCCAGCAGAUGCAGCAAUAAAAUGUUGCAAUGAGUUUGACUUUAAAUCAGAUGUUUUGGCAAAAGUCCAGCUCUGACUUGCCUCUCGCUCCCAUCUCAAGGCAGCUGGAGACACCUAAACCUUGAAAGAGUCCUGUUUCUUUCCAACCGACAGGAGGAAAUUGUUGUUAUUAUUAUUAUUGUUCUUUUUCCGUGCUGGAGCCUUGCGAAGGGGCGAGUUCCGAGCCGAGCUCUGCUCGAGCCCGGGGAUUCUGACAUCAGGAAUGGCCAUUUUGAGGAAAUCACUGCUUGCUUUGGUUUUCCAAGCCCGGACUGAGCUCCUGCGAGCGGCUGGAGCCUCCUGCCCGUGUCCCGGGGGCUGCUGUGGUCCUGUAGGAAAGGGAACUAUGUUGGAUGUCUGAGGCCCAUUGAGGAACUGCUAAUGAGAGCGGGGAGGGGAGAGAGAGAGAAUCGACGCUGAAUGUAAACUUCCAUAAUUAGUUCUUAAAGGGCAGAGCAGCUCGUUAGCCAUGUCACAGCCUGUAGCUGGGACUGGCCAAUCAAAAACCCCACCCAGAGCGAGUAUUUGCAUAAAAACUCAAUCAAGUAUUAAUUAACGCUGGGUGCACAAACUGUUAAAGCAGCUGGUUCUUAUUCAGCCUUAAGGAUUAACUUCAGAUUUCCUCGAGGAGUUAAAACUCCGUUGGGGAAUUCUAGGAAUGUAUGCUACAAAACCAGAAGAAAAUGGCUUUUAUUUUCCAUUUUUUCCUUAAUUGUGUUCUCUUUUCAAGAAUAUAAGUUUUACAUGGAAUUGGGGGCAUUACACUACAUUGCUGCAGUGGUGACUCUGCAUGCUGAGUACCUUGUACAUGGAGCUCUUACCAAAGAUGUAUGGGAAGAUAAAAAUACUGAAUUCACUUCUGAAAUCCAAUGCUUUGGAGCACUUCAAAGUCCUUUUAGAGUAUGGUUCCAAAAAAAAAGACUUUUCUGGAUGUGGGUUGCAAAUGGGACUGGAUGGGUUCUUGGUGCUAGAAGAUAGAGCAUUGAUGGACUUGGUGAAUUGUAGAGAGUCUGCAGAAGCUUAAUGUAGAAAUAACUCUUCCAUCUCAGCCCUAAAGAAGAGGAAGCGAGAUUAGUUUAUUUUAAUCCAAGGCUUUUUGCCGUUGGAAUAUCAUUGCUCUAUUUUCUAGCUUUUAUUUUUCUUUUUCUGUUGCUGUAACUUAAUGAACAGUGUGGUGGUAUAAAAACUUAAAAUUACAACAAUAUGGUUACUGUUUUCUUCUGGAGCAUCAAUAAAAUAGCCAAGCACAAAGUAAAUGCCUAAACUGGAAAACUUGAAGCUCUAUUAAUGGUUCUUGAACUUUCUUAAACCUAUUCUCAGUCGACAUGAAAACUUCAACACCUUCAUUUUUUGUCUGAGUUGGUUUCCUGUGUUUCCAAGCGCUGGGGCAGCCUUUGCAUUAAGUUGAUUUUGCAAUUUUGUAUCCCCUUAGAAGUAACUUUGUAAUUCUGAUUUGUAGGUGAAAGGAAAUUGCUUUUGCUUCUGGAUUUUUAAAAAUUAUUUUUUGGGUGGGGGGGAGUGGGGAGGAAGAGAUGGGGGAGAAAAAGUUACUGGAACGUGUGGCAGAGCCGUCAGAAACAAACGGCCGUGGCCACCGAACAAAAACCCACAGGUUUCACUUCCAACACGUCCUUUCUAGGCUGUAGCUGGACCUCAGCACGAGGGAGUGGCUGUCAGUAGGAUAAAGUGGGAAUUCUGUACCAAACAAACCAGUCUGGAAUUCCAAGUGCAUCGAUUUGUGUUCGUGUGAAUUUAUGGAGUAAGUUUUAAAUGGCGUUCAAUCGUGUCCGACCAAGUGACUGAGUUUGUGGCCUGUGAUCUCCCUGACUGAAGUACCCAGGAAUUUUGUGUUCUCAAUAUGGCUGUAGUGUUGGUAAAGAACUAAUAAGCAGAAAAUAAAGCAAUUAUACAGCGGA